GUGAUUGCUGAGUCACAUAUCGUGUGCGAUCUCACUUUAAGCAAGGUGUGUAAUUCCGUUUGUCCGUUAAAUUGCUGUGUUUUAAUCAUUAAAUCGAGUGUAUAUUAUGAAAAAUAUUAACGAAAAUAAUUUAAAUCACACUCCAAAAACAAUGGUCUAAUUAAAGAAUUAAAUUAAAGGCAGGUCACACGCACCUCGAAUAUUCUAACAACAAUAAUAAAUAAAAACUCGGUGUAUAGUGCUCCAAAAUUUUCGAGGCCGGGUUUUGUCGUCGUGACCUGUCAAGCCUAUCUUGCAAGUCAAAUAAAUUAUGCGACUCGUGCAUGGUGUCAGUGAUAAAAAAGGAAUUGUCAGUGUUUCCUCAUCUAGUGUGUGCUCACAAUAUUUGCCAAAAAUCAUUGUCCAUUGUUUUGUGUGAAAUCGUGUGCCGAGUGCAGUGUGCGAAAGCUUGACGUGGCCCCCAGUGUAUUUUUUGAGGUUAUUUCUGUACUCGUGUAACUGACCUAUACCCAUCGAAAAGGUGGACCCACCGAACUCUUUAUUUCCAAUCCACCAUCCCAACGAACAGGUUGAUUGUCUUGUGAUCACCUCUCUUUCUCUCUAUCUCUCUUUUGGAUCAAAUUAGUGGAGGAAAUACUUUUCGAUUUUUCCAAGGAGUAGGAGUAUAAUAUAAUCAAAAGUCCCACCAUAACCUCAAAAAUCAGCUGUCAACGCUUCUUUUGAAUGCUUGUUUUUCGAGUGUUCGUGGUUUGUGUUUACAAAUAAAGUGUGCAACGAAACAAAUUAGUGCUUCCCGAUGGAUAAAUUGUGACGUUUCUUAUUUAAUUUCAUUGAAAGAAAAAUGUUUUAUUUGCUAAUUGUUUUCAACACCAGAGCUAAUCCUCUGUGAUAUAGCAAUUUUAAAAUCCAGAAAACUUCCAAAGAAAAAUUUUUGUUUUCUAUAUAGGCGUGUGUGUGUUUGUCUAUAUUAGAAUAAUUCUGUGAUAAAUCGAGAGAAAUAAGGAAUUUUAGAAAAAAUGCUGAGCCUAAAGAAAUUUUAUCGUGAGGAGCUCCUUCAGCUCGCAUUGCUUCUCUCAUUGCUGCGAGUGGAUCCUGAUGCUUAUUUAGGAUUAGAUAUACAGACAAUUGGUGUUGGAUCAUUGGAUUUAAACAAUGGAUCGGGUUGGCAUUUGGACGCCCAUACAAUUGUGCAUCGGCCCGUGUUUGUACAUCCAAAAAAUUUGGACUCGAUGCUUCUUAAUUAUGAGAGAGAUAUAUUUGAAGACUUAAAUUCACUGGGUAGAUACAAUAGAUUGAAUAGUGCACCAAAUGAUAUACACGCGUAUUUAUUAAAUAUCGAGGAAUCGGGAAGAGACGCACCUGAACCUGGACCAAGUAUAACAAAUUCAACAGAUCUUUCUAGGAAUGUUACCUCACCUGAAACACCGACUUUACUUCAAUCACCUGCUCAACCUGACGGUGCAUCAGAAUUAACACAAGAGGAUAUGGAUUUGAUAGAAGUCCUUUGGAAGCAAGAUGUAGAUUUGGGAUUCACCAUUGUGGAGCCAACAAGUCCGGAUAAGUCCUUGGAGAAGGAGACUGAUGAUGAUAUCGAGAAACUGAAAGCCUUGAAAGCCAUUAAUGCUACACAUGAAAAGGAGGAAACCAAAGAGGCCGAAACGUUGAAGGAGGAAGAUCUCUGGGCCGGUCUACCAUACACAGUCGAUCAGGAGACUGGGGAAUAUAUUCUUAGUUCAUCAAACCAAAGUCAGGGCGAGAGCAGUUCCGUUGACAGUUCGGUCAGUGAUCAACUUUUGGGUGAUCCUUCAUUGGGCCUCAAUAAUCACGAAUUAGUGGGACUUUCUGAAGAUUCCCUAGGACUUAAUGACACUCUUGGUCUUGAGAAUGACUUCACGACAGACCUACUCGGAGGUGGGCUCCUAGGUGGUACCAGCGUUGAGGGUCUUCUCAACAACGACUCACUGAGCAUACCCGACGGAUUCAAUCUCGAGGAAGCAUUGCAACUUGUCGGUCUCGAUGAAGCUCCGGAAGAUGAUAACAGAUUGGAAGUGAAAAAGAACAAGUCCGGCGACGAAGAGUGUGAUUUUGAGAAGUGCGAGUCUAGAGCAUCCUUGUCAGAUAACGGCAAGGUUAAAAGUUCAACCGCUGAAGACGAAGAAACCGACGACGAGAUGAUUCAUACACCGCAAUUUCAUCAUCCCCAUCACCCACAUCACCCUCACCAUCCUCAUCACCCACAUCAUUCUCACCAUCGCUCGUUUCAAGGUCGCAUGCCAUUCAUGCGUACGAUGAGCACAGAACAGCGAUGGCAGGAUUUGGCGUCACUGCUUUCAUUGCCAGGAGGUCCGGACCAUUUUGCACAUCCAGCACUUCCUGGAUAUCCAGGACACGGCAUAGGUCACCACAGUCACCACAGUCAUUACGAGGCACAACGUAGUGUAUUACUUCACAAUGCCACUCUGGCACCUCCCGUUGGCGAUCUCAAUGCCACAAGCCAGUACCACAAUGUCGGUGGACCAUCGAACUUGGGAUCAGCGGUGGCGACAUCGAUGAACUUAACAAACAGUAGUGAACCAAUGGGAUCGGAAAAUGGUGCAUCUUAUAAAACAGAACCAAACGACAUGAUGUACUAUCACACGCCUCCUGAGGCCAUCAAUCAAACCACCGAUGGAUUUCUUUCAUCUCUCCUCAAUGAUGAGGAUCUUCAACUGAUGGACAUGACCAUGAACGACGGCAUGUACACCAUGCGAAUGUUGGAUAACAAUAGCAGCAAUGCCUCUGGACCGACUGGAGCUGCUGCAUUGCCCGGAGUGCAAGCAGCUGGUGCACCACCAUCGGGUGGAGUGACAACAUUACCCUGCGUCACUGACGAAAGAAUGGAUGCAUCCAGUGAUAGUGCUGUCAGCAGCAUGGGAAGCGAACGAGUUGGAUCCGUUUCAGAUGGCGAGUGGAUGGAAACCGGAUCAAAUUCCAGCCACACUCAAGCGGAUUCUCAUUAUUCCAUGGAUUAUGCCAGCAAAUAUCACAUGCCAUACGAUUGCAGUUACGGAAGAAGCGGAACUUCACCACGUUGCCAAGCUGAUCGAAGCAUGGCUCCACAAAAGAAGCAUCAAAUGUUUGCUAAACGAUACUUCCAGGAACAAGGAACUGGAUCACCUCUUAGUGCCACGGCUCAUCCGACAACUCCAAUGAAAUAUGAGUACGAUUCUCAGACAAUUGCUGCUGGUGCACCGGGAAAUGCUUACUCUGGACCAAUCGAAGGUGCUGCUGGUCCUCAAGCUGAAAUUAAAUACAGUUGUAGUGUGGACUUCACACGGCAUCAAACAGGACGAUCAGCGAUUGAGCACAUUCAUCACAAUCACACGUAUCAUCUUCCAGCUGAAAGUUCCGGAUCCCUACAACGUCCUUUGUCCCGCGAUAAGAAAGCACGAAAGAAUGAAGACGAGCAUUUGACCCGCGACGAAAAGAGAGCCCGAUCAUUGAAUGUACCAAUUGCUGUGCACGACAUCAUCAACUUGCCAAUGGACGAAUUUAACGAGCGCCUCAGUAAAUAUGAUCUUAGCGAAGCGCAACUCUCGUUGAUUCGCGAUAUUCGAAGAAGAGGCAAGAACAAGGUCGCGGCACAAAAUUGUCGCAAACGUAAACUCGAUCAAAUCAUCAGUCUCGCCGAUCAAGUUAAAGAAAUGCGUGACCGUAAAAUGAGGCUCAUCAAGGAACGCGAUUACAUGCUCGUUGAGCGACAGCGAGUUAAAGAGAAAUUCAGCCAACUCUAUCGUCACGUUUUCCAGUCUCUCCGUGACCCGGAUGGCAAUCCGUACAAUCCCCACGAGUUCACAUUGCAGCAAACAGCAGAUGGAAAUGUACUUUUGGUGCGAAGAAAUCAAACCAAUCCCUAUCAUUCCCGCUCGUCAACGAUGGAUCCAAAAUCAAAACCCGAUGAGCGUAAAGAGUGAAAGUAUUGAAGAAAUAAUUCUCAAAAAAUGAGAUUGAUAAAUCAGGAGAAGUUCAAGAGACGCUAUUAUUCAGCAAAACUUGAGAAUUCGCGGUGUCAUCAGUUUCGUUAAACAUUGCACACACAGAGUGAGAGAGAGGGGACAUUUAUUUUUUAAGAAAUAAAAUAACUCUUUAACGAAAAAGUAAAAAAAAAAAUAAAUAAAUAAACGAAAAAGCUUCGCUUUUAUUAUCUCGUCAAGUGUUUGCGGUGACAAAUAUUACACGCGAGAGACAACGAUGAGUCCUAUUAUCAUUUAGUUUCGAACUAGCCCAAAAAAAAGGACUUUGCUAAAUAAUAAUUAUAAUCACGUGGUUUUUUAAUGUUUACGGUAACCAGGAGGAAGAGUACAAAACCACGAGAAUAAAAAAAAGAAAAGAUUUUUCUUAUUCAGACUUUUAUUUCGAUUCUUUUCAGAUUGCUUUCUGAGAGAGAGAGAAUAAAAGUUUCCUUUUUAUCGAUUAAAUUAAAUCGUCUAAAAAUGUAAAUGUAUAAUUAUCAUUAUUAUAAUUAUAAAAAGUAGAAUGGAAUAUCUGACAUGAAUCAGAAAUGUUUAGUAUUUACCCCUUUUUCGCUUUCGAAUUUUCCCCCCUCCUGAAAAUUGUAAAACUCUUCUUCCUGCCUUGUGCCUAGACUGUGUACUCAUAGUGAUUUAUCUUGAAGGUGUAUAUUUUCUAAGAAAAUAACAUCCUCAAUUCUCAGGAGCCCAGCUCUUGGAGGUGAAAGAAUAAAAAUGAAACCGGAAUAAAAAAAGAAGUUUCACGUUUCAAUGCAAUUGGCGAAAAUCUUUCUGCGCAUGCAACAAAUGCAUUAAAAUGUGAUUACUAUAAUAGAAAUUUAAAAAAAACUUUAAUUGCGACUAAAGAAAUUUGCAUAAAAUAUAAUCGUUGUAUUAAAAAAAAAUUACUAUCUGUUUAAUAUAAAAUUCAAUUCAAUUCAUUUCAUUCAAAAAUGUGAUUUAAUUAAGAAAAAUGAAAUCAAGGUAAAAGUUUUUGUUUCUACCUUUUUUUUCAAAUAAACCAGUGUUAAGAUUACAAAAAUCUGAAUUUGCAUAAGAAUUUUGAAUGGAAAAAAUAUUUAUCGAAAAAUGAAUAGAAAUUAUUCCAAUAUUUAAUGCGUAAAAUUGCAAAGUAAAAAAAUGAAAAAUAAAAUAAAAAAUUUGUCAAAAUAAAAUUUCAAAAUUUCAGAAAAUUAAAAAUUACGUUUUACAUAAGAUUUGAAUAAUUUCUAAACAAUGUUUUUGUUUAAUAAAAGGCAAAUGCUUGAGUUAUUGCCUGAGAACGUUAAUUGAAAUUCUAUACCUACAUACUUUUAAUUAAGAUUUAAUUCUUUUUUUUCUCUCUCUGGUUUUUCAAACAGUACUAUAUUAUGGAAAAUAAUAGGUACACCUCAGGCAAGAUACUAACGUUACGUAAUGUAAAAUAAGACUAGAAACUAAUUGCAAACAUUGUGAAUAAAAAUUUUUGCUGUAACUUGUACUUCUUAUACAAUACUAAUCAAAUACUAUUUAAUAUUGCGAUUAAAAAAAAAGAAAGAAAAUGAACAAAUAUACAUAUUUUUUUAAUAAUAAAAACUGAAAUGAAAAAAAAAACAGAUGAAAAUCGUUCAGGUAUUUCACAUUUGCCUUUUUAUGUAUAUAUUGAUGUAGGUAGUAUAAUUUUCUAUAAAUAUUACACACACACACACACAUGUAAAUAAAAUGAAGUGAUUAGUUGAUAUAAAAGGAAAAAUAAAAAAAAUAUAACGUAUAUAUGCGGAAAAAAAAUAAAAACUAAUUAUUAUUAUUAUUAUAUUAAUAUGCUACGAAAUAAAUAAAAAAAAAAUGAAAGAUAUUCAUACAAUUGGGUGUAGGAAAGCCUUUUGUGUACCAUAUAUAACUCGACGUGCAGAAAAAUUCUGCUGUUGAAAUUCUAUAUAUAAUAACACAAUUUAGCUUGUUUCGAAUAUUUGAAAAAAAUAAAUUGUGAAAGCAAAAAAAAAUGUCUGUUGGUAUAUUGUAUAUUUUAACAUAUAGUUUGUAUUUGCCCAGACAUUUUAGAUCUCCAUUGCGUCGCAUUCAAUUUCUAUAUUGUAUAAACGAAUUUCAAAUAAAUUUCUGGGAAAAAAGAAUAAAAAAAAAAAAUUUGUUCAUGAUGCAUUUUUGGAAUUUUCAACUUCAAUAAUUAUGUCUAUGUACUUUUUAAAACAAAUUGAUCAUUUCUAUAAAUAAUGAACCGUCCUAAUAAAUUAAUUCUAUGCAAAGGGUUAAA